AUGAGGGCUUCCUUAACUCUCCUCGAUCGCACCUCCCCUGUCGUCAGCAAGCGCAACACAUCGCUCGCAUCUACCAACCGAACGCCUUUCUACUGUCCUACCUGUGCCCGGAGCCAAUUGUACAUGCUCAGAUAUGAGAAUGCUCGGGUCCUGCUCGAGAAGGAAUCGAUAGGGAAAGAAAUAGAGGCGGCGGUCGCUGGAGAGGCAGACGUACAACGACGACAGCAACAUCAACAGCAAGAAAUAGAACCGAGUGCGGAUAAUAAUACCCCUCAAGGUCGCAAAGGGAAUCCGAAAUGGGAUGUUCAGGCAGCCCAAACAGAACAGGCUCGGUCAUCUGACCGAACCCGAACGAUGCGACAAUGUGCAGAAACCCUAAGAGCUGAGAUCGAGAAACGGAAAGUUCAAGCUCGUCAGAUGAAAUCCCAGCUGAAACAACGCCGGUCAGAUGCAGAGUCUGCAAACUUUCAGCUCGAAGAACGACGAGCUGCUCCCUUGGCGAAUAUUCAGAAUGGGAUCAAGAGGACAGAACAUCUUUGGCAUUCGUUGCAUAACAAGACUGCUGAGUCGAGGAUAUUCCUAUGCCGUGAAGCUGCGUAUUUGUACGGCCUUCGACAGGAUGUUAGCAGAAGAGAAGGUGGGAGAAAGAGUGAGAAGUACUAUAUUGGAGGUGUUCAGAUUAUUCAUUUGAGACACUUGAACGGUACCUCGCCAUCGCAAUUAUCCACUGCUUUAUCCAAUAUAUCUCAUUUACUCGUACUUGUCUCUCAUUACCUUUCCCUUCGACUACCUGCAGAAAUCGUCUUACCUCACCGUAAUCACGCAACACCGACAAUAUUUACACCAGCAGCAUCAUACUCUUCGGCGCAAGAUAUGGGAGAAAUCUACCAUCCGUACGGACAACUCAAAUCACGUGAUACUCGCAAACACCGAGCUCGACCUUUGUCAGUUGGGAAAACUCUCCCAAAACUCGUCAAAGAAGAGCCUGCCACAUACGCCCACUUCAUAGAAGGUGUUUCCCUCCUGGCCUGGAACGUAUCCUGGCUCUGCCGCACUCAGGGACUGAACAUCGGAUCCGAUUCCUGGGAAGACAUCUGCAACGUCGGCAAAAACAUGUGGCAACUCCUAGUAUCACCAACAACGGCCCAAAACGCCACCACUACCGCUAGUACCACCACCAUGAGAGCGAUAUCCAAUCGGGAUAUCGUCUCUGUUCGUCCAAAGAAUAACACGAAUUCGCAACAGCCAAAGACUAUUAUCCAAAGAACAAAAUCGUUCCCCAUGCUGGGACAUUAUUCCCAUGGAACAUCUCACUCUUUCCUCGGUGCCUCCGAUGGCGUCGAGUUCAUGAAGACCUGGAAACUACCCACACCAGCCAAGAUAGCGGAUAAACUGAAAUCAGCCUUGUUGGGUGAAAUCGCUAAUGCUGAAUGGGAGUUGUUGGAGGAAAAGGAAUGGGACGAUCAGGCGGAAGAAGGUCGAGAGUCAGAUGUUGCAAAUCCUUCUCAAGACGCUGAUCGUAAGACCUCAUUGACGAUGAGGACUCAAGUCCCCUCGACAGAUGCAGCAGAUGAUAAUGCUAGUACCAAACCCAUGCAUACUUCUCCAACUAUCACUACAACUUCAGAGAGUACUAAUAGUAGACCUAGUGGGGCAAGUGGGUGGACCAAAUUGAAGAGCAAACAGCAAGGUACAUGAUAUGAAUAAGGAGGACAUGUAUAUUACGAUCACUAGUUACAUUUAACCUAAUAGAUUCUUAGACCGGU